AUGCCUCAGGAGACUCAGAAAAGCAAUGGCAUGGGACAUGGAACAGAUGCUUAUAGUAUAUAUGAUUCAUCAGUCGUUCAGCAACCUUCUAAUUCUGUGACAUCGACCAAUGUGAUUCGUGGCGCGAAUGUUUCCCAGCAGCAUACGGCCAUGCCACUGGCUUCUGAAAAAGUGAAUUUGGAGCUCACGAAUCAGCUGUCAGGAACAUCGGAGGUUGAUGCUGAUAAGAAUGAGCGAUAUCGGUCAACACUACAAUUUGCAGCUAACCUCCUUUUCCAGAUCCAACAGCAGCAGCAGCCAGGUGCUCAAGCAAGGCAAGGAUCUGUAAUCAGUAAUAAGGCUUCUUCAAGUGGUGGUCCCUUUGUAAUGAUGGGAUGUCGUAUUGAGCUUUUCUGUGUUAGAGAUUAG